UACAGAUUAAAAUUGCUUGAAAGAAGUGUUCAGCAUGAAUUCCUCUGCAUUGCUGUCUCUCGUACUGAUGCUGGUUCAGCUCUGGCCUUGCUUUCCACACACACAGAACCGCAGCAUUCAGAACACAGAUCAGUCUUUCACAGAAGUUCGAAGAGUGAAACGUGGCUGGGUAUGGGAGCCACUGUUUGCAACUGAGGAACAGACUUCAGUGGUGCCUGUGUAUGUUGGACAGCUGAAAUCAGAUUUAGACGAGCAGGAUGGCAACCUAAAAUAUAUGUUGACUGGGGAGGGAGCUGGAAGCAUUUUUAUCAUUGACGAAAAUAAUGGCAAGAUUUAUGUGACACAAAAGCUGGAUCGAGAAGAGAAACCCUUCUACACUCUAAGAGCACAAGCAGUUAACAGAACCACCCAUGUUCCCGUUGAAGCUGAAUCAGAGUUUAUUAUCAAGGUUCGCGAUGUCAAUGAUCAUGAACCAGAAUUCUUGGACGGACCAUAUACAGCCACUGUUCCAGAGAUGUCACCUGAAGGUACUUCGGUUACACAGGUAACAGCUACAGAUGGUGAUGAUCCUUCUUAUGGAUAUAGCGCCCGUCUCCUUUACAGUCUUCUUCAGGGACAGCCUUAUUUCUCUGUGGAGCCUAAGACAGGGGUCAUCAGAAUGGCUUCCCAAAUGGAUAGAGAAACAAAAGAUCAGUAUUUGGUCAUUAUCCAAGCCAAAGAUAUGGUUGGGGAAGCAGGGGCAUUUUCAGCAACAGCCACUGUUACCAUCAAUCUCUCUGACGUCAAUGACAAUCCACCUAAAUUUCAACAGCGACUCUAUUACAUGAGCGUCAAUGAAGAGUCUCCUGUGGGCACUACUGUAGGAAAAGUCUUUGCAGAAGACAGUGACAUAGGAGAAAAUGCAGCCAUGAAUUAUUUCAUUGAAGGAGAUAGCUCAGAGGUUUUUGACAUCAUCACUAACAAUGAGACUCAAGAAGGAAUUAUCUUAUUAAAAAAGAAAGUGGAUUAUGAGAGCAAGAGGAGAUACAGUGUUCUAGCAAAAGUUGUAAACAGAUACAUUGAUGACCGUUUUCUGAAAGAAGAACCAUUUGAAGACAAAACUGUUGUCAAAAUCAAUGUGGAAGAUGCUGAUGAACCUCCAGUUUUCACCUUGGAGAACUAUAUGAUGGAGAUUGCUGAAGGGGCUGUGAGUGGCUCACUGGUGGGCGUUGUGACUGCUAGAGACCCAGAUGAUGAUGACUGUCCAGUCAGGUACUCUAUCGUCCGUGGCAUGCGUUUAAAGAGAUUGUUCAGCAUCAAUGAACACAAUGGAACAAUCAUUACAACUAAACCUCUGGACCGAGAGAUAGCUUCUUGGCACAACAUAACUGUUACAGCCACAGAAAUAAGAAACCCUGAAAAAAUUUCAGAGGCAAAUGUCUAUAUCCAAGUUCUUGAUGUUAACGAUCAUGCACCUGAAUUCCCUAAAUACUAUGAAACAUUUGUUUGUGAAAAUGCAGUUUCUGGCCAG